AUGACCGAUAUCGCUAUCAGUGUGGACCCACCUCGAGGGCUCGGCACCUCGUUAUUCUGGUCGAGUGAGAGCUGUAAUAGCCGGUGUCGGGUUAUAGCUGGAACGUGUCGCAAAAUAUAUACACGGUGCAUACUUAAUCAAACGGCUCCAAUAUUGGCACUCGCUUACUCUUUACAUCAACUGAAAAUUUUGUCACAUUUUAUAUGGGAUGCGCUCGUCUACCGAAGUUCGUCGAAGAAGUUGCCUACUAUUAUAAACCUUUGUCGCCUGGCGCACACACUGGAAUCUUUAGACGCUAUGCUGCUAGUGCGCCAGCAAGGCGCACAAUUUUGA